CAGGAAUUAAAAGACAAGAAAGCAAAAGCCUUAUGAGUUAUGAGCAGUUGUUUCAUUUCUAGGUAGCCGAAAAAUCCAAAAUUUUCAAUUGAAAGAGCGAGGAAGUGAGGGAAAAUCUUUUUCUUUUCUUUCGAAGUUGUGUUCUUUGAGCUGCAGUCGCAAAGACUCCUCCUUUUCCGCUGAUACAGUAAUGGUGGCUGGUUCACUCAAGCCCUCCCGAACCAAAGAUAUACUGUGAGAGCGUUUCAGCUACAAAAGCAUUGUUUUUUCAGUUUUCUCUUUUUGGAGAAAUCAGCAUUUCUGCAUGUCAUAGGAGUUGUCUGCAAGCAAUCGAUAUAUUGAAUGAGUUUUUGUUAGUAUUUUGGUGUUGAGGUUAAUCCCAAUUAAGGUGAGGAAGAAAUUCAAACAAUGGUAUGACAAUUAAUAACGCAUAGACAGUUCCAAUACAAUUCCAUGGAACCUGGAAAGGAUGAAUUCCAACCUGCAUCCCAGUCAUAUUUGCAGGACUCUCUGAGCAGCAGCAUGCAUACUGAUAUGAGAUCUAAUGACCUUAAUAUACCAGAAAUUAAACCUGUACAUAAUUACUCCAUACAGACUGGAGAGGAGUUUGCUCUUCAAUUUAUGCUUGAUCGAGUGAACCCCAGGAAGCCUUUGAAUCCGAAUGCUGUUGGUGAUCCAAGUUAUGCAACAGAUUAUAUUGAACUAAAAGGAAUUUUAGGAAUCAGUAAUCCAGGGUCUGAGAGUGGGUCAGAUACUUCAAUGCUCCCUUUAGCUGAAAAAGGGCCAAACCAGUUUGAAAGAAACAGGUCAUCUUUAAAUGAUGACAGGAAUAACUAUGCGUCAGUUCAAUCCGUACCAAGAGCUUCAUCAGGCUAUGAAAAUAGUCAUAUUCAUCGAUAUGCCUCUUCUGGAGCCUCUGAUAGUUCAUCAAUGAAAAUGAAAGUUCUCUGCAGCUUUGGAGGUAAAAUCUUACCCCGACCAAGUGACGGGAAGCUCAGGUAUGUUGGAGGUGAAACACGCAUUAUCCGUGUAAGAAAGGACAUUUCCUGGCAGGAGCUUAUACAUAAAGCUUUAUCAAUUUAUAAUCAAGUGCAUGUAAUUAAAUAUCAGCUUCCUGGAGAGGAUCUUGAUGCCUUAGUUUCUGUAUCUUGUGACGAGGAUCUGCAGAAUAUGAUGGAAGAAUGGAAUGAACUAGAAGAUAAAGAAGGACCACAAAAGCUUAGGAUGUUUUUGUUCUCCAUGAGUGAUCUGGAUGAUGCUCAGUUUGGUCUGCACAGUGUGGAUGGUGAUUCUGAGGUUCAGUAUGUAGUUGCUGUCAAUGGAAUGGACCUCGGGUCGAGAAAAAACUCGACUCUACUUGGUAUGACGAGCACUUUAACAAAUAAUUUGGAUGAGUUAAAUGGACAGAAUAUUGAGAAGGAGACAAGUAGGGUUGCAAAAGACUCAAUACAGGUAGGCACUUCAAGUUUAACUGGAAAUAUUGUUUCAUCAAGAACCGUUCAGUCUUCUGAACCAAUGCUACCUAACUUUUCAAAAGCCUAUGACAUGCAUCCUCAUUUUCAGCAUAGCCAGGUGAUGCAUUAUGGACAAAAUGUGCAGUACUCGCUGCACAAUGGACAUACCCUUCCAAGUCACUCCCCAUUUGGAGGAACUACUGUUUCAGUGCCUCAUCAUGGAAUUAUGAAUCAACAAGGAGGUUCAAUUGAAGAGCAGCCAUCUGGUCGCUCAAGAGAACAAAAUUUUGAGAUGCCAGUAAAGCAGGUGAAACGUGAUGGUUCACUGCAGCAAGAGAGUGAUCCUGAAAAACUUCGCCCCUCGGGGAAAGAGCACUCUGUCCCUUUACAGCUGUAUGAUGGUAAUUUGAUGAACCAUCUUCCUGUUGAAGAAGCAUCAAAAGAUGAAAGAAAGUACCAGGAACCUGAAAAGGUUGCUUCAUCAAUUGAUUCUGGGAACCCAGUGCUGGUUCAUAAAUCCAGUGAAAUUGAACAUAAUUCCACAUCUAGCAAUGCAUUUGCUCCUGCUUAUGCUGACCAUUUGUCUAAUGGAGUUGAUUUCAGUUACCAAGAGCCAGCUGUGCUUCCUAAAAGAGUCUACUACUCAGAAAGAAUUCCCAGGGAGCAGGCAGAGUUGCUGAAUCGUUCAUCAAAAUCUGAUGAUUCUCAUGGUUCUCCGUUUCUCAUAACUCAUUCUCGUUCUGAUGUCACCCAGAAGGAUCCAAUCAUGGAAGGAGUUAACAAAUUGCAUGAACAUGGAAACCUUGCUCCCCAGACUGAACUGUCUACCCCAACGGUAUAUGUGGAUGCUCAAACUGUUGAUGAUGGACUUGCCCAACUUCAGAAGUACAAAGAGUUUGCUGAUUCAAUUUCUCAGAUGAAUGCAAAGCUUUUGCAAGAUACAGAUGGCGAACUAAAGCGGGCAUUACCAACCCAUGUGGAUAAUAUAGAGACUGCAAAAAGGGAUAGGAUUCUUGAGUCUGACCAAGAAACAAACUUCCCUAAAGAUAGCCAUAAGAAUAACAUUGUAGAAGCUGGAUCACAUAUAAGUGGGAUACCUUCUGUAAAGCACCAGGAGCUUUCUGCAUCUAAUCAUUCUGAGCUUAAUCAGGAAGAGGCCACUGGCAAGGAUCCAAGUACUGUUGACACUAUGGGCCGUGCUCAGCCCAUUACUUUGACAGGGAAGUCGUCUAAAGAUGUUUCUCAAGAAACAGCUCCAGUUGGUGCUUCUACUCCAGUGGAGGGAGACAUCAUUAUUGAUAUUGAAGAACGAUUUCCUCGUGAUUUCCUGUCUGAUAUAUUCUCCAAGGCAGUACUCUCUGAAGACUCCCCUGAUUUUGGUUUGCUGCAAAAGGAUGGAGCUGGUUUGAGCUUAAAUAUGGAAAAUCAUGAACCUAGACGCUGGUCAUAUUUCCAGAAGUUGGCACAAGAAGGGUUUGAUAAAAAAGAUGUUUCUCUUAUUGACCAGGAUCUUGGUUUUCCGUCUGUGAUUGGAAAUGAUGUGGAAGGAGAUAGUAGAUCUUAUCAUCUCACACCAUUAAUAGCAGCUGGAGUUUCAAUGGUCCAUGUGGAUUCUCAGCCUAAAUUUGCGGAAGACAUUCAAAAAGACUUGCCUGGAAUGACUCAAGCUGAAACAACAGUUCUGCAUUCUAAUUAUGAUCAACUCCAAGUGAAGGACACCGAAAGUAUGCAGUUUGAGGGAAUGAUGGAAAACAUAAGAGCGCAAAAUUCGGAGUAUGAGGAGGGGAAUUUUGCAAGCAGAAAAGCUGGUUUGCCUCAUUUAGAUCCUUCUCUGGGAGAUUUUGAUAUCAGUACCUUGCAGUUGAUAAAGAACGAUGAUCUCGAACAGCUGAAGGAACUAGGUUCUGGUACAUUUGGGACUGUGUAUCAUGGAAAAUGGAGGGGCAGUGAUGUUGCCAUUAAGAGACUAAAUAAGAGCUGCUUCACUGGGAGAUCAUCAGAGCAAGAGAGAUUGAGUAUAGAGUUCUGGCGGGAAGCUGACAUUCUUUCAAAGCUUCACCAUCCAAAUGUUGUGGCGUUUUAUGGUGUAGUGCAAGAUGGACCAGGGGGAACACUUGCUACCGUAACUGAGUACAUGGUUGAUGGUUCUCUUAGGCAUGUCUUGCUUCGAAAAGAUAGGUAUCUUGAUCGUCGCAAGCGACUAAUAAUUGCUAUGGAUGCAGCAUUUGGAAUGGAAUAUUUGCACUCAAAGAAUAUUGUGCAUUUUGACUUGAAGUGUGACAACUUACUUGUGAACCUAAAAGAUCCUGUACGGCCAAUUUGCAAGGUCGGUGAUUUUGGGCUUUCAAAAAUCAAGCGAAAUACCCUGGUUUCUGGUGGUGUACGGGGAACGUUACCAUGGAUGGCACCAGAGUUGCUGAAUGGCAGCAGCACUAAGGUAUCUGAAAAGGUUGAUGUAUUCUCCUUUGGUAUUGUCUUGUGGGAGAUUCUUACUGGCGAGGAGCCAUAUGCCAACAUGCACUAUGGAGCAAUUAUAGGAGGUAUUGUAAAUAACACAUUGAGACCCACCAUUCCAAGUUAUUGUGAUCCUGAAUGGAGAGUGCUUAUGGAGCAGUGUUGGGCUCCUAAUCCUGCGGCCAGGCCAUCUUUCACAGAGAUUGCCAGUUGCUUACGAGUAAUGACUAAAGCUGCGAGCCAACCCAAAGCACAGGGUUAUAAAGCUUCUAAAUGAUCAUUUGAUCACAGUUGUGGCGUUUUUGCAUGCUUUAGACAUGGUACAUUUAUUCAUUCAAUUGGUACCUCAUAAGAUAGUGUGUAUGAUAUAUAUUUGGAGCGCAGAUCCAUGAUUUUCCACUUUUUUCCGGAAUGGAAUAGGCUCCUUUCAAGUAAUUUUCUUUUAUUUUGCUUUCUUCCCCUGAAACUCACAAAAUUGUAGUAGAAUGUUUUAGCUUCACAAAGAGAAUGCACGGUUGCGAGUUGGUUUCUACUAUUC